UGGCGCUGUUGGUCACCCGUCUGCAAAUUUCCCCGAGAAGCCAGAAGAAGGAGAGCACGUGUUUCUGGUUUUCCUCGGAGCAAAGUUAGUUAGCGAACAGAGGGAAAAUGGUUCGUAAAUUAAAAUAUCACGAGCAGAAGCUGUUGAAGAAGGUGGACUUCAUUAACUGGGAGGUGGACAACAACCUGCACGAGGUGAAGGUGUUACGGAAGUAUCACAUCGAGAAGCGCGAGGACUAUACAAAGUACAACAAGCUGAGUCGUAACGUCAGGGAGCUGGCCCAGAAGAUCAGAGACCUGGAUGAGAAGGAUGGCUUCAGAGCUCAGAGCACACAUCAACUAUUAGAAAAACUGUACAGCAUCGGCCUGAUCCCCACCAGACAGAAUCUGUCCCUGACAGAGAAAGUCACAGCAUCGUCAUUCUGCAGGAGGCGUCUGCCCUGCAUUAUGCUAAAGCUUCGCAUGGCUCAGAACCUGAAGACUGCCACUACUUUCAUUGAACAAGGACAUGUUCGUGUUGGACCAGACAUUGUUACAGAUCCAGCAUGUCUGGUCACAAGAAAUAUGGAAGAUUUUGUCACUUGGGUGGACUCCUCAAAGAUCAAGCAGCACGUCCUGAAUUAUAAUGACGAGAGGGACGACUUUGAUCUGAUAGCAUGAGUGUGGAUCAAAUGGACGAGAACUCUGCUGCAGAGGCAACAGUAGAGGAGGAAUGCUUGACACUCCAACCAGACAAACCUACAUCCUAAAGGAAAAGGGGGAGAGGACUAGUGGGAAAAUGUUGGUCAUGUUUACUGUAGAUUCCUCUGGAAAUGAAGGAUGGUGCAGCCACAGGAAGCAUGGAGCUGUGUUUAAAUGUUUAACCCCUGAGUCCUGGCUUUAAGUGUAAUAGUUUCAUUCUGAAACUUUUACGGAAAUAUAAAGUCAGUACAUUUUAUUGAGUUGUUAUGGGAGUAAAAUGAACCAAUAAUAGUAGACAUUUGGCUGAGGGAUGCUUCUCCAGUAUGGUUCCAGUUAUCCUGCUGCAUGUUUCACCGUCUGGUCAGAUUGUGCUCCAGGAAAUGAGGCCCGUUCUCUUUUAAUGUUUGAUGUGAACCAUGAGCUGAAGGUUACUGGUUCGUGUUCUGGUGGGCAGCCCAACAAAGAACAAAUAAGCACAUCCCAAAAAGACAAAACACCUGUUAAUGAUGUAACAGAAUUUUAUCAAAGCAAUAUAAAGAUGUUGGAACAAUAAAGUCGUUCUUUUUAAGUUUGCUGUUAUGGUGACAAAGUACUGAAGUUUGAAUCUGAACAAAAUAAAGUUGAAAGAAAAGAAAAAGUGAAUUGGCUUUAAUGCUCCAGUUUUAUAAAAGCAGAAUGAAAAGGUGGACAUCUGGAUUGAUGAUGUUUACCAGAACUGUUGGAGAUCUGGCUUCUGGCAGGGUGUACUUACUUUGAUGUUUAACUGUAACAGAGUUCACACAGAGAACUCUGCAUCAAGCUCCUUUUGCAUAGUUUAAUACAGAGAAGCAUCCAUUUUUGAAAUUCAAGCUUUCUCUCUAGCGUGCACUGCUGAGCUGUUUGGGACCAGAGGAGUAGAAUGAGUUUACAGGUUCAGGAGAUCCGUCACCAGUUCUGUUUCUUGUCAAUUGAUUAAAAACAAGAUCCUUCAUUUGAUUAUGCAUAUCUUGCUUUAUUGCUUAUGUAGUGGUUGAUUUAAUAGAAUAUUAUAAAUUAUAUAAAUAUUAUAUAAAAGUAUAUAAGCUCUAAGAGACUGGGUCAUUUUGAGCCAACAGAACAUUCAGAGAUGAACCCGAUGAAGACCAACCAUGUCCUUCAGCAGAUUGCCAGCACCCAGACAGGAAUGUGAUGUUUCAGAAUAAAGUACUAUAAAAAUGUGUAUGUUUGAAAGUAUUGUCAUCAUAAUGUACAACAGUGACCAUGUUCCAUUUUCUGAAUGCUGCUGUCCAGGUUGAUUCAAUGUGGUUUUCUGAUUAUUUCAUUCAAUCUCACCAAUUUGUGUCUGUUAA